CCCAUUAAUUUCGCCAUAAAGCCCGCCGCACUCUAAACCCCGACUGACCUGGACUUCUCGAUGCAUGAUGACUGAAAUCUUCCCCAUGGACGGCUACGAAGCCGAGUUGGUUGCGGGUGUGUCGAGCCUCAACUACAGGCUACUAGAAGACAAGCAUGCCGAUCUCGAAGAGCCAGUUUCCUGCCCCAAGACAGACUCUGAACCGUCCGACCAGGACUCCAACGAUAGCGACGUGGUGACCGAGCUUCUAGCCCGGCCGGUUCCGGCGCAGUCGCGGUCGCGGCGGCGCAGCAGCGUGUCCAAAUAUUCGUCCUCGUACGAGCUUGACAUCCACGAGCUGUUUGUUUCUCUGACGCUCGUGGCCAGCGGGCACCGGCCCAAGUUGGCGGAUUUCGAGCCCAUCAAGGUGUUGGGCCAUGGCUCGUAUGGCAAGGUGCUUCUUGUGCGGGAAAAAAGCUCCGGGCGCUUGUUUGCGCAGAAACAGUUGAAGAAAGCGCUGUUGGUGAUAAACGAAACCAACGAGGUGCACCAGAAAAACUACGAGCGCACGAUCAACGAGAAGGCGAUUCUCGAGAAGGUCAACCACCCGAACGUGGUCAAGCUCUACUAUGCAUUCCAAGACAACAACAAGGUGUACUUGAUUCUCGAGUACUUGGACGGCGGAGAAAUCUUCCACCACUUGGCGCAGCAGCGCUAUCUCAGCGAAAAGGACGCAUCGUUCUACAUAGCGCAGAUCGUGCUUGCGCUCCGGUACCUCCACUCGUCGCUCAAGGUGAUCUACCGCGACUUGAAGCCCGAAAACUGCAUGCUCAACUCGGCCGGCCAUUUGGUGCUCACGGAUUUCGGGCUUUCCAAGUUCUCCUCGGACGACGCGGACGCCAACCACCUGAUGAUCGGCACUGCACAGUACAUGGCGCCGGAGGUCAUCAAGGGCGAGGACUACGAUUUCCGCGUGGACUGGUGGUCGCUUGGCUGCGUGGCCUUCGACAUGCUCACCGGCGGCCCGCCGUUCACGGGGCACACCAACGACAAAAUCAUGGACAAGAUCGUGCACUCGAAAAAGCACUUGAAGUUUCCCUUCUACCUCUCGCACGACGCCAAGGAUCUUCUCCGCAAGCUUCUCCAGCCAAGUGCGGCCAAGCGCUUUGACGUGGACGUCGAUUAUGAGGAAUUCAAGCAGCACCGGUUUUUCCGCCACAUCGACUGGAAGGUCAUUGAGCAGGGCUGCGCGGGCGACGUUUUGCCGCCGAUUCUCCCGGUGAUCACGGACCCCAUUCUCGCGGAGAAUUUUGACGAGGAGUUCACCACGAUGCAGUUCACGCCUCCUGCCCACGACCCGGGUGUUUCCAGGCUUCCGGACGAGGUCUUGCAUGUGAAGGGCUUUACUUUCACAAACGAGAGCUUCCUUGCCAGCGUGCUAGGUGCCGGGCUGGACUGAUUUGGCAGUGUCCUUUUCAUUUCGCGACGAUGUAUUGUAUUAGUAUAUAGUAGGCAUGGCUAUGUCUUGAACGUGGGGGUUUAGCAUAUUGAUUUGGGCGUGAAGGCAAUUAAGGGGAUAAGUGAGACGGAUGCGGGGCAUUUUCGAAGAGACAAGUGGUGAAGGCAUGUACUAGAGAAGGCAUGUAUUAGUGAAGACAUGUAUUAGUGAAGGCAUGUAUUAGUGAAGGUGUGUAUUAGAGAAGGUAUGUAUUAGUGAAGGCAUGUAUUAGUG